UACGAUCAGUCCACCAGCAAACUUCUCCGCGAUCGGUCGUCCUUGUUCCGUGCCGUUCUUUCGCAGUUUUCCAACUCUCGAUCGUUCGGACGGGAUUUCUAGCCUUGUCACCCCAUAUAGAGACAUUUUCCAGUGCGUGUGUACGUGCCCCAGCAUGGUGUCCUUUCCGGAGUAGUGACUUCCUGCCAGCAGUAGACAGAAACGGAGAAGUUCAUCGGCGGGCUGAUUUGGACCUUUUUUGGGGGCGCACAAGAACACGACAAGUGACGAUGGCCAGACGUGACUUGCUCGCAAAUGUGGUCAAAUACUUGUCGGUGCUGGUGUUGUUGGCGGCGGUGAGCCAAGUUUGCACGCGACAGGAUCACUACUACUACCAGGAACCGUACGAUGACGAUCUUUCGCUGUGGAUCAACGAGCAGCAGGUCAAGAUCUUCAGCGGGGUCGCGAUGAAGAUCUACGCAAUAGACAAUGGUCGCGUUUCGCCGCACAUCCGGGAUCCGAUGUUCAGCCACUACCUGCCGAUCAUUCCGUCGGAGGUCAGCUGUGUAAACUUCACGUGGCGAUCCGGCUCCAAGAAGUACCAUUACAACUUUGACCGGCUGAUGUCCGAGGAUGAAUCGGUCCUUAAGCCACCGACCAUUUCGAUCAAAACCAGCGGACGGGUCCCGAAGAAUGCCAAGGAGUUUAGUGUGGCAUUGCCUUGCUCCGGCAACGUGUCCGGAAUCGCAGUUUUCAGCAUCGGCCUGCUGAUUCAGAGUCGCAAGGGCAAACCCGUCCCCGGGACUCCCCUGCGAAUCAAACUGCGUAAGGAAUGUGCACAUAGAGGUGUGUAUAGAUCUUCUACUCUCUCUGCGCCAGGACCCGACCCGGAGUGUGACAAAAAGUGCGCCAACCGGGGCGUCUGCAACGAGGACAAGAUCUGCGUUUGCCCCGAAGGGUACAUGGGCCAGUACUGCCAGACGGCGCUUUGCUACCCGCAGUGUAUGAACGGCGGCAAUUGUACCGCCCCCGGGAACUGUUCCUGCCCGCUCGGAUACCAGGGACGGCACUGCGAGGGUGGAAUUUGCUCGGAAAAGUGCCUAAAUGGAGGCAAGUGCAUCCAAAAGGACAAGUGCGAGUGCACCAAGGGGUACUACGGAUUGCGCUGUGAAUUUUCAAAAUGCGUGAUCCCGUGUCUGCACGAGGGAAAGUGCAAGGGGGUCAACAAGUGUCGCUGCAAACCGGGCCUCAGCGGGGACCACUGCCAGAUUGGGCGCCGCCAGCGUUCCACGUGCAAGAGACCGUGCAAACACGGCACGUGCAUGCCGGACCACACGUGCACCUGCUUCGACGGGUGGUUCGGGAAGCUUUGCAAUCGGCGAGAGAAAAAGAAGCGCAACGGUGCGAAAGUACCCAGAGGAUAGAGUCAAGCUGUUCCUGGAAUUGCACAGCAUCUGCAGAACAUCACUGUUUCUAUUGCCGCUCGGCUUUCGUCGCUUUCGUAUAUAGUUUUCAACUAGGGCUUCUUCUUUUUCGUUCCAUCUUGUUUCUUUCCUAACGCCCCUCCCCCCACAGAGAGAUUGGGAGAAUAAAUCCACAUGUGUAUUUUGUUGUGAUAAAUAAACGAAAAUUUAUAGUU